UUCGUUUUUUUUCUCCAAUUUUUCUUUUCAAUACAUGUGGUUGUGUCGUACGUAUCUACGAAACACAACCCAUGAGGAAUAGUGUAGUUUUUUAAUUCAAAUAAAUUAAAAAACCCCAAAAAAAUUAUAAAAUAAACUAAAUUAACUAAAAAAAAAAGGAAAAAUUACUUAAAACAUAAAAAAAAUUAUAAUUAUUUUGUCUACGCGCAAAAUCCGAAAGAAGAAGUAUAUCGCGUGAGUUUUGCCGUCGUUAUUAAUAUUUUCUCUUUGUCGACGCUAAUUUGACGCAGCAACCAAAUCACCAAGAUGGCUUCGUUGUACGUUGGAGAUUUGCAUUCGGACGUGACCGAAGCUAUGUUGUUUGAGAAAUUCAGCACGGUCGGUGCUGUCCUGUCAAUCCGCGUGUGUCGUGACAUGAUCACUAGAAGAUCAUUGGGAUACGCCUAUGUCAACUUUCAAAACAUGGCGGACGCUGAACGUGCUUUGGACACCAUGAAUUUUGAUAUUCUUAAAGGACGCCCAAUGAGAAUUAUGUGGUCUCAAAGAGAUCCUUCUCUUAGAAAAUCUGGUGUAGGCAAUGUGUUUAUCAAAAACCUAGACAGGAGUAUUGAUAAUAAAGCUAUGUAUGACACAUUUUCUGCCUUCGGAAACAUAUUGAGUUGUAAAGUUGCUCAAGAUGAGACUGGUCAAUCAAAAGGCUAUGGUUUCGUUCAUUUUGAAAUGGAACAGUCUGCCACUCAAUCUAUCGAAAAAGUUAAUGGCAUGUUGCUCAAUGGAAAAAAAGUAUUUGUUGGUCGUUUUGUUGGCAGAAAAGAUCGUGAAAAGGAGUUGGGUCAAAAAGCUAAACUUUAUACAAAUGUUUACAUUAAGAAUAUAGAUGAAAAUGUCAAUGACAAAGAAUUGUUUGAGAUGUUUGAAAAAUAUGGAUCAAUUACUAGCUUCAAGGUCAUGUUUAGAGAAGAUGGAAGUUCUAGAGGUUUUGGAUUUGUGGCAUUUGAAGAUCCAGAAGAAGCUGAAAAAGCUGUCACAGAAUUACAUGGCAAAGAAAGCCCAGAAGGAAAAACAUAUUAUGUAGGUCGUGCUCAAAAGAAAGCUGAACGCCAACAAGAAUUAAAACGCAAGUUCGAACAGUAUAAGAUUGAACGUAUGAAUAGAUACCAAGGAGUUAAUUUGUAUGUGAAAAAUUUGGAUGACACAAUUGACGACGAACGUUUACGCAAAGAAUUUAGUGUCUUUGGAACUAUCACAAGUGCCAAGGUGAUGAUGGAUGAUGGCCGUAGUAAAGGCUUUGGUUUUGUGUGUUUCUCAUCUCCAGAAGAAGCUACCAAAGCAGUAACAGAUAUGAAUGGUCGCAUUGUUGGUACUAAACCAUUAUAUGUUGCAUUGGCUCAACGCAAAGAAGAUCGUAAAGCCCAUUUGGAUUCCCAAUAUCUACAACGCAACACUAAUAUGAGAAUGCAAUCUAUUGGCCCAAUAUAUCAACCUGGUGCUUCAAGUGGUUACUUCGUACCUACUAUUCCUCAGCCACAGCGUUUCUAUGGACCUACUCAAAUGACUCAGAUUCGUCCACAACCAAGAUGGGCUUCUCAACCACAAGUUAGGGCUGGAGCACCGCAAGCUGCUGCUGCAGGUUAUCCAAAUAUGGCCACACAAUACCGAAACAUUGGAGCUCGUGCUCCUGUACCUGCUGGUCAACAAGCUGCAUUGGCUAGAAACACUAUGGUGGAUAGAAAUGCUAGACCUAUUAGCACAGCCCAACAACAAAUGCCAGGUGCUGUUGCUGCUGGAGGUGUACGUGUUCCUGGAGCACGUGGUACAGGUUCUGGAUAUAAAUAUACAGCUAAUAUGCGUAAUCCUCCUGGCCAAGCUCAAGGUAUGGGACAAGCACAACCUGGUCAACCACCUGCACCAGUACAAGCAGCUGUACAUGUACAUGGACAAGAACCACUUACUGCAACGAUGUUGGCUACCGCUAAGCCAGAAGAUCAAAAACAGAUGUUGGGAGAGAGGCUUUUCCCUCUUAUUCAGCGAAUGUACCCUGACUUGACUGGUAAGAUCACUGGUAUGUUGUUGGAGAUUGACAACUCAGAUUUGCUUCACAUGUUGGAACAUCAUGAAUCUUUGAAGAACAAAGUAGAAGAGGCUGUUGCUGUACUUCAAGCCCAUCAAGCACAACAGACCCAAGUGAAGAAAGAAUAAUUGCGCCCAUGACAUUUUCAUCAUAUUACAUUUUAUACAAAUAUUCGUUUAAAAAUUUCUUUUUCAUUAAUAACUAAUUUUUUUUAUACAGUGGGAAAAUUAAAAAUUCUGUCUGAGUAAAAAAUUGAGCGCAUAAAAAAAUUAAUUUAAAAAAAAUCAACAAAAAAAUGGGAAAAUUAAAAUAAUGUAAAAAAAAAUAAAAAAAUAUUAAAUUGAACUAAACUGGAAUAUAGUGCGGUUUAAAUUUCGGUAGUAAUGUCACAACAUUUUUUUGGAAAUUUUGUUUUUGAUAAAUUAUCAAAUUAAAAAAUUGACUACUACUAAAACCAUAUGUUUGUCCACCAUAUUAUAUUGGCCUUGUUCAUAACCUUAUAAAUUCUUUUUUAUAAAAAAAAUAUAUUGCUUGCCAAUAUUAAUACUUUAAAAAAAAAAAAAAAAAAAGGGACUUGAAGAUGAUCACAUCAAUUAUGUUGUGCUUACUACUGGUAAUUAAUCUGUUCAUUCAUAUUUCAUAAAACAAUGCAUUUCAUUGGUCAAUAGAAUUUUUGUUAACAAUAAGAAAUCUUGUGUUUUACAAUAUAAUAUCUAAAGAAAUUA